AUGUCAUCUGUACACACUUCCUCUGCAUGUCAAAGGGUUUUAUCGAUACAAGAGCUUGCUGACUCUGUUGCCUCCUACCUAGCCCCGUCAGACCUGUUCCGGUGUGUUCAAGUGCACUCGUCAUGGAACCUCACCCUCAUCCCAUCCCUCUGGAAUACCAUCGACGACAGUCUGUAUCGCUGGCCAGAAUUCAUCGACGAGCACAACCCGCAUCUGCCCAAGGAAGUCAAGGACCCGCAGGACUGGAUGCUCGCUGUCUUUAAAAAGUACGGCCAUCACAUCAGGCACCUCCGAAUAAGCUUCUUGGUCACCAUCGAAGCCGCCUUCGCCAGCACCCACUGCGUCCAUCUUCAAUCCUUGGGCAUCCUCUUCAACCAAAAAUUGACAAAGGCUGAAAUCCGCGAAUCCAGUCGGAUGCAGAGUCUCAGGGGCGGACUCAGCUGGCCAGAGAGGCAAAAGCUAGGAGAAGCUGGACCGUUUGAGGCACCAGAGUUUGAAGGAGCUAUCAUUCCGGCCCAGAUCUUGUUCCGUAUAAAGUCGGUGCAAAGGACAGACUGGAUCACCUUCCAACGCUCUUGGCUCUUGGUGAGGCGGAAUCGAUCUCUGAUGGCUCUCAAAAUCGGGCAAUCCCUCCUCACACUGGGCCGCAUCAGUUCGCCAACAGUUUUCAUCGACCUUCUCGCCGCCUUGCCAAACCUCGGAACAUUUGAACACAACCUUCACUGCCUGGACGGAUACCAACUUUUGGUGCGACUUGCGCACCUUCACUCCUUCUCCUCGAUGUAUUAUCACGUUCCGGAAGCAUUAGAUCACCGAAAGACAUACAAAAACAUUCGCAGCUUCGGUAGACCCCACGCCAUAUCUCAGCUGCACGUUGCAUGGAUCCUCAAAGACUUUCCAAAUCUUGAAUGCCUGGCUUUAGGGUGGAUCGACACGACGCAACCAAGCGAUCCGGAGGCGUUCAGGAUCAUCGGGAAUUCGCCUUUGAAAUUGAGAGAACUACGUGUCGCCUCCGCCAAUGAACACAGGGAACUUAACAUUUGGGUCGAGAUCAUUUCACUCUGUCCGGAGCUACGCCGGUUCGUCGCCAAUAACCUCACCAGACAGGUUGUCGACACUCUUGUCCAACACUCCAGGAAGUUGGUUGAGCUACGACAGAACCGCGACGACACUCCAAUCGUAUCUAUUCAGUAUUGGACUCAGACAUUGAAUGGCCUCUUGGAAUCGUGUCCCGACCUCAAGAUCCUCGACUGCAUUAAUUGCGCUGUCCAAGUUCCAGACUGGGAAGAUGAAGUUUGGGUGUGCGCAGGACUCGAAACCUUUCGCUGUCAGAUUGUUGGAUUUGAUCGACUGAGUAAGGAGGAGGAAAGGGUCCUGGAGGACAUUGCCGAGACGAGGAAGGCGCACCAGCUACUUUCUUUUGGUGGAGGAAGGAGACAACCGGUUGGGAAGGAGUUGCGGUGUCUAGAGCAACAUUACAGGAUGUACGAUCGACUUUCAGCUCUGACCUCGCUAAGAGUCAUUGAUCUAGGAGGAGGCUAUCGGGAUGACAUGCUACUGUUGGACGACAACGCUCCAUUUUAUGAGGUCGAUGGGUAUGAGUAUCUGAGGUAUGGAGGACCGAUGGAGAAUUCGAUGGAGCUCUCUCUUUCGUCAGGACUGAGUCGACUUGCGACACUGAGGCGUAUUGAGGUGUUUGGGUUUGAGGGUGUUGACCACCGAAUUGGCAAGGCGGAGUUGAAGUGGAUGGCGACGAGCUGGCCACGGUUGAGGGAGAUGCGAGGGUUGCAUGUUGAUACGUUGCCGUAUAUCGAGUUUGACCUGCACAAGGCGGUGCUGAGGAAGUACAUGAGGGUACUUCGACCAGAGGUCAAACAGUUGGGCUAUGGGUGUCGGAAGGACGACGGCACAGAGGACGAGCCUCCUUUACUGGGGCCGAGGACUAUCAGGCCGUGGGCCACUGUUGCACCUUCCUCGCCGACAGUUGCAGUUGCGCCGCGUCGACAGCGUAGCAAGGCAUUAUGUUGCUUUGUUCAGUGA